UCCAUCAAGACCUAUAUAAGGCGUGAAGAAACAUUGAAAACUCUCAAACCAACAUUACACAAAAAAUAAGAUAAUAAUGGCAGACAGAGGAAGGGCUGUAGUGUGUGAUAACAGGUGUGGCUGCACUGUACCUUGUGCUGGUGGUUCAACUUGCAGGUGCUCAAGUAGUGAGGGUGGUGCAAGAACUGACCACACAACAUGUUCAUGUGGAGAGCACUGUCAGUGUAAUCCAUGUGGCUGUUCCAAGACUGUUGCUGCUGGAAGUGGUUGCAGAUGUGAUGCAAGCUGUACUUGUGCCUCUUGCCGCACUUGAAGAUAUGCAUGAGUGUAUGGUUAAUAAAUUACCCUAUAUAUUAGCAUCAUCUAUAAAUAAAAUGGCUGGUAGUUUCUUUCUAUAAUUAGCUACAUGUUAUGUUUGUUGGUCAUAUAAAUGUAUCUAGAGGACUCUUAAGUAAGUAGCCAUGACAUUACUACAUGUUUUGCCUAUGGUUUGUUGUUGUACUUGAAUAAAAUUGAAUAAGAGUAUGUGGGUUUAGUUUUU